CAGGUGGCGCUGAAAACGAAAAUGGCCGCUACGAGAAAGCCAUCCGAGGAUGCAGAUGACUACUGGGGUGAUUCCUCAGCAAGGAAAGGACCAAGUAGGAAAAACAUCUUUGAUGAUGAUGUUAGUUUUGAGACUGCCAAAAAGAUUCUGACAACAUCGGAAACUCUUGAUGAUGAAGAGGAGGAGGAAUUUGACUUGGUCAACUGGCAGGGAGACCCUGUGGUUAGAUAUAAUAACCACAAAUCCAAUGCUCCUGAUCUCUCAAACCUGGCUGUUCCAAUUACCUCCCAUGCUGCUCGAACCACCACACUCCCUCCCUCUGCACCAUCAGCUUCAUAUGGAAAAUAUGAGAAAUCAUCCAGCAUGACUCACAACCGAUCUCAGAGCCUUGGUGGAAAUGUUGGUCAGUUUGGGGUGAACAAAGCAAACAUGAGUCGAGGAGUCAGUGACCCAAGUAUAGAGGAUGUUGUUCGAGAUACUUCAACUCCAGGGAGAAAGCAGCCAACUUCAGCUGAUCUUGAUAAACUCCAAAAGGAAAUCAUCUUCUUAAGGAAGGAACUACAGAUUGCCAAGAGGGAGAGGUGGAAGAAGCAGCCAGUGGGGGAUACAAUCAGGAACAUGGUGCUUGGACAGGCCUACACAUUUGAGCUGUACAAGUCCAAAGAAGACAAACUGGCACUGCUGGACAAGGCCAUAGAGUCUCAUGAUGGGAAUGCCAUUAUCGCCGUGAUUCUGUUUUUGAAGAAAACCAUUAAGGCGUCUCUGUUCAACCUGGAAAUGAUGAGGCGCCCGGUUGCUAUCAACCAUUAUCUGUCUUAUCUGAAGCAUCACUAUGACUACGCCCAGAUGGUCGACUUUCUUGGGAUGCUUGGUAGAUCCGAAGAAGCCUCGAUGUUUAAAUACAAAAUAGCCUGCCAGUCUAAAGAUCCAACUAUAAAAGUUGCAACCUUAAAGACAUGCUACAGGGCUCACUUCCAGCCUGAAGUUCAGUUGAGUCGCCAAGCAACACUGCUUCAGGAGCAGAUUGACCUGUUGGAGAGACAGAGGCCAGUUGAGGAAAAUGAUUCCAAAGCAGAAGCAUCAGGUCAGGUGCAGAUUUUCCGUGACUUUCCCCGCCGAGCCAGUCUGUUUGGCCAGCCAGUGACAACAACCCUGUACUACUUCUGUCUUUACCACUACGAUCUGGGAGAGAAUUCUUUAGCCAGUCCCCAAGCUUUGAAAGCCAGGCACAAUAUCUCUGACAAACAGUAUCUCCACUGUGCACUGGGAGCCAGGGCUAAGAUGAGGCGAUGGAAAGACAUAGAGGCACUGCUUACUUCCAAAGGAUGGUUUGGAGGGACGAAAUUAAAGGCUGUGAUAGGCUUCGACAAAGUUUCAGAAAUCCUACACAAGACCAAGGCUCCGCAUGAUGUUUUAGCCAAGUAUGUUGCCUUGAUAGAAGAUUUAGACCAAAGACUGAAUAUUGCACGGAAAGUGGAAUGUCCUAAAGCUGUGAUAGAUGCUCUGGUUGCCCUGAAGGACCGGGCCCAGUUAGAGAAGUACACUGCGACACUGAGAUCCCACGAAGCCCUGUAUGCCCAGGAUGUUCUGCGCAGCUCGUCAAUAAAAUGGAAGUGAUGCUGCCCCUAGUGCGACUAGUCUACAACCAAAUACACUCUCCAGAAGUCUUUCCAGCAGAAUGCAAUACAGAUCAACUAUUGUGCAAGAAGGCACACAACAAAUGGCUCACCCUGUGAAGACAAGGCUCAAGGGAUGGAUACUGAAGUAUUAGGUUGUGUUGUAUGUCAUAGAAUAUGUGACUGUGAUCAGAUAGUUAUUUUGAAAUUCAUACCAAGAUCAAAUAAUGCGAUCUCUCAGAAAGGAAAUAUAUGUUGUUUGAGUCCAUCCCUAAACAUGCUCACCGAAACAAAUGGCAUAAUCAGCAGAGAAAUCAAACAGUUAUUAUUGAAUAUAUAUGAAUAUAACCACAAUGAUAUAUGCUAGAAUGAAGAAUAAUGUUUUUAUAAGGUCUAUCAAAGACGUAAAUACAUGUAUAUCUGUGGUUUAUCAAUGAACAAGGAAAGUCUUAUGCUGCCGUAGUCAUAACCUUUUGAAUAUUUCCAUAUAAGAUUAAUUUCUUCCUCAACUCCUUUGUACUUUUGACUAGAAUUUAGCCUACCUAAUGUUGUUUUUUUAUUUUAAUCUACUCUAAAGAAACAACUUUUCUACACAGCAUGCCACUCAUGGUGUAUGCCGAUGAUGUUGAUAGGGAAACGUAGCUGUGGUCGCCAUGGUCUCAGGCCAGCUUCGUCAACAACAAAUGAAUUACAAUUCUGCCUACAAUUCUGUGAGCUUUUGAAAACAGAAAUCCCAGUUUCUAUUCUUGAGGUUAUGAUAAUUCUUAGGUAGUCUCUGCCCAUUAAUACUCAUAAGAUAAAAUGACUUCAUUUUCUUUAUAAGGAAAUAUGGUUACUUAACGUAUGAGAAAGAUGUAUCUGAAGUUUCUUUGUACUGUUUGUUGUUCUGUUUCAUUUUGAAAUUUAUUCUUGUUAUAUUAUGUUUGUCCAUGGUUGCCAUGGUGACUUAAAUGGGAAUCAGUGGUCGCAAUAGCUGCUGCUCAUGAAUGUGUCAACAGGAAGUUUUACUGAGGGAGAUAAUUUGUGGUAUUUACUAUGCAACCAACCAUUAACAGUUAUGUUGUGAUAUGGACCAUGUGCAAUUAUAUAGAGAGCAUUGUAUGCUAUGUAUAGAUGAAAUAUAUAUUAUUUAUAUAAAAGCUGUGUUUGGCAUCUUGAGAGGAUGUGAUACGAUAGUUUGAAAUGGUUAUAAUGCUAUGUGCAUUCACCUACAUUCCAAGAUUUUCAUUUGCAUUAUCUGUAUGUCAAAAGAAUUUAUGAACAAUCUUGCUAUCAACCAUAUCCAACAAGUAAAUGGUUGAAAAGGUGAACAAAGGCCAUCUUGACUUCGACUCAUCGCUGAUGAAAGGGAUAAGUUCAAGUCAAGCUCAAUUCUGGGUUUUACAGGAACCACAGGUUUGGGGGGUUCCUUGACUCAAAUUGCUUGAAAGGCAUGUCUCAAACCAGAUGGGAAAUGCAGCUGUGUCCAUCAACAUGAAAUGUUGUUAAGUCAUGUUUAAAGAUAUUUCUUCUGUAUCCAAAUCUAAUUUAGGGCUAAUCAUGUGAGAAUGAUGUGUACUGUUGCAUUCCAUUGUCUUUCUCAAGUUAGAUCAGCCCUGGAUUGAAACUGUAAAUGGUAAUUGAUGAUCUUUUGUUCCCUUUUAUUUAUCAAACAGCAUGAUUGGUUAGUACCCAGGUAUGCAGCCAGGCUGUUACCUCUAAUGUCAUUUAAACUGUCUAUUUGUAUUGAUCAGAUCUUGUAUUAAUAUAUGUAUGUUUACAGUAAGAACAUAGCUCUUGACACAGAUACUCAGAUCUUAAUGCACAUCCUUGACCGCAAGUGAGAUGGUGGACUCAACCUUUUUGUACUCUCUCAUCCUGUCUCUUAUCACCAGUUGUAAAAUUAUUGAUGUUUGGAAAAUCUUACCAUAUCAAAUGAUAUGUCUAUAACUACUACACAUCAUCUAUGGUUGUUGUUAAAAUGAGUUUUACAUAAUAGUAAGUUUUGAAGCUCUGACUAUUGUUUAUGACUGUGUUGGACUACCUUCCUUGAACUUACUGCCCGGAAAUUUAAGUGCUUAGUUAGUGGGCAGUGUUACUACCUAAAAUAUAAAAAGAUCAAUGCAAAAUCCUGAGAGAAGGAUGAACAAAAAAUACUAUGAUAUGGAAUAAUUACCGGCUUGUUUCCAUGGUGACUGACCUGGCCUGUCCCUGCCACUGCUUAAUCUGCAGAGAGGGUUUGAGCUUCAGUGAUGUCCUUGAUAUGAUACCCAAGGUCAUCCCCGAAAAGCUGGUCAGUGCGGGAUUGUGCACAGAGGAGCUGUUUGUAAGCUCCUUUAACCUCAGGCUUUAAUGUGUCCUUCCUGUGAUGUGUUAGUUCCACGAACACAGCUGACAAAAGGUGUAGUGAAUCACAAGUUUUAAAUUAAUCUGUUGCUUCUUUCUUUAGAAGCAUUCAUUACUUCAUCUCUCGGUUCCAGAAAAAGACAAAAAGCCUUAGCCAAGAGAUUUUGAAUAUUUUGUAGUUUGGAAUCUGUGGACCUGGUUUGAGGUUUGAUUUGAUUCCACACUUGACUUAUCCACAUUAGGACAAUUUUCUGGCUUCUAAUACUUUUCCUUAGUCUGAUUUAGUGCUUCGAGAUUCAUUUGCGAUCUCAGACCUUCAUUAAUUGUCCUUCCAAGAACUUAGUUCGCUUUAGGACCACAUUUGUCAUUGCUGACGUAAGCAUUCAGUUGGAAGAUGACUGCAUCAACUUCAUUUUCACUUUCUCAUUCAUCAUCACUUUGCAAAGUGUCAACUAUAUCAUCAAAAGGAUCAUUGUCCUCUACGUCUGACUUAUCUUUAUCAGCAGUAACCCGACUUCGCUUCUGCGAGUUGCUGGACCUUAUGCUUCAGUGAGCUGCCCUGUCCUAAACCGCUUGGCCCAGUUACUUGUUGAUCACUGACCUCUAUGACGGGAAGGAACCUGUGUUCUUUUCACCCCAAUUUAAAUUUUAUAUUAAGAUGAAUUUGUUACAGAAAAUAAAACUUCAUUUUAAAUAUUAAAUAAUAUAAAAUUAUAUAUAGCAUACAUAUUAAAAUAACAGUAUUACAUUGAAUACCAUGAUGAAAAAGAAAUCUAGUGUCUUUUUAAUGCUGUUUCUGAUUCUUAGCAACUUCUAUUUCGUGAAUCUGCCCCAGAUUCUAAGCUAGCAUUGCUAAGCUGUUGGUCCCAUUGAGGCAUUACUUGUGGCAACUGUUGAUUCCAUUGGGCAUUGCUUGUGGCAACUGUUGGUCCCAUUGUGGCAUUGCUUGUUGCAACUGUUGGUCCCAUUGUGGCAUUGCUUGUGGCAACUGUUGGUCCCAUUGGGACAUUGUUUGUGGCAGCUGUUGAUUCCAUUGGGCAUUGCUUGUGGCAGCUGUUGAU